CUCUCCCUCUCAUUCAUAUCCAUGGCAAAGGCGUCCCCAGUCAAGGUACUUGAGCACUUGUAUAUCUCUCCCCCAGUUCCAAAUUCAUCACCUCCACAAACCGGCUCCUCUCUCCCUCUAACCUUCUUUGACAUACCAUGGCUAUUCUUCUCCCCAAGCCAACCUUUGUUCUUCUAUGAAUAUCCCCACCCAACCAAUUAUUUCACAUCCACUGCCCUCCCUAACCUCAAGCGCUCCCUCUCCUUGACCCUCCAACUCUACUACCCUUUUGCCGGUAACCUUAACUUACCAUCCGAGCCUGGCAAGCCCCACCUGGUUUGCUCCCAAGCUGACAACAAUAAGGUUCUUUUGACCGUUGCCGAGUCUGCUGGAGAUUUCAACCAUCUUUCGGGUAAUCAUCCCCGGGAUGUCAAUGAAUUCUACCAACUUGUUCCGGAGUUGCUUCCACCAUAUUUGUGUGCUGAUGAAAAGCGCUUGCUUCCUUUGUUAGCUGUCCAAAUCACAGUCUUUCCAGGCUCUGGCUUUUGUAUUGGACUCGCUUACCAUCAAGUUGUAGCAGAUGAAAGGACGUUCAACAAUUUCAUCAAAACCUGGGCCUCUUUUUGCAGCUUCGGAGACUCUUACCCCAUCAAAUCUUUACCAAGCUUUGACCGGAAGGUGAUUGUGGACGCAUAUGGGCUCGAGGAGAUUCUUUUGAAGGAGUGGUGGCAGCGAAGAAGAUUUUCAAAAAAGACUGUUUUUGGGACAGAAGCCAAUGACGGAUAUUAUUUGUCCAACAUGGUUAGAACCACAUUUGUCGUGGGUUCGAAGGACAUGGAGCGGAUCAAAAUAUUCAUUGUUGAAGAAUGCAACAUUAAAAAUGAAUCUCUCCCGGAACAUUUAUCUGCGUACGUCCUAACAUGUGCAUUUAUAUGGGUAUGUUUAGUUAAAACCCAAGAGGGGUUGAAUAAUGAGAAAUAUGGCAGAGAGGAUCCGAAUUACUUGGGGUUCAUUGCGGGCGGUAUUACCCGUCUGGACUUUCCGGUGCCUACAACGUAUUUUGGCAAUUGCGUCGGGUUUGGCCGGACCAUGGCGAGGAGGAAUGGAUUAGCGGGAGAAGACGGGCUUGUUGCAGCUGCGAAAGCAAUUGGAAGCACUGUGAAGAGGUUAGAUAAGGAAAUUUUAGAAGGUGCAGAGAAGUGGAUUUCAGAUUGGAAAGUGUUAUUCAGGUCGGAGAUCCAUGUUAUGCUUGCUGGGUCGCCUAAAGUGGAUCUUUAUGAAACUGAUUUCGGGCUGGGAAGACCCAAGAAAGUAGAAGACAUUUCAAUUGAUUCUACGGGAGCCAUUUCACUCACUGAGAGUAGGGAUGUGAAGGGUGGCAUUGAGGUUGGCCUUGUCCUACCUAAACCUCAAAUGGAUGCUUUUUCCAGUUUCUUCAAUGAAGGUCUCAAGGCUCUCCCUCUUCCAUGAUUGGGGGAUUUAUUUAUUUAUUUGGGUACUUCCUGCA